CCGCGAGCGGAAUGACAUCGAGAGACGCGCGUCUCCUCCUCCUGCUGCUGCUGGGGCUCCGUGCGAGCGGGACCCGGGCCGGGGGAAAGCUGGACGAGGACCGGGACAGCAGAGGCGACGCGGAGAGCCCGUGUGAGGUGAAGACCGUGACCGUGUCCACUCUGCCCGUGCUCCGGGAGAAUGAGUUCAGCUUCACCGGCGCGGGAUCCGGGAGUCUCGCCGGAGGGGAGUCCAGACUCCUGCUGUUCGUCAGGACUGACCUGCCGGGUCGCAUCUCGGUUUUGGAUGAUCUGGACAACACGGCGCUGCCCUACUUCACCUUAGAGAUGUCGGGGACGGGGCCGGACAUCUCGCAGGUGCACUGGAAGCAGCAGUGGCUGGAGAAUGGGACGCUGUAUUUCCACGUGGCUAUGAGCAGCUCUGAGCAGCAGUCGCAGGUCACGCAGCCCACCGUCCAGGAACCACCACACGUCCUGCACGAACACAUGCACCUGCUGCACAUCUCCGUCAUGGGUGGUCUGAUUGCUCUUCUGUUAGUUAUCCUACUCUUCACGCUGGUACUCUACACCCGUCAGCGCUGGUGCAGGCGUCGUCGUGCCCCUCAGAAGAGUGCCAGCACCGAGGCCACGCAUGAGAUUCACUACAUCCCCUCUAUUCUUUUGGGCCCUCCGCAGAGCAGGGACAGCUUCCGUGGGCCCAGACCCCUCCAGCACAGCUCUGUCAUUGGUAUGCCCAUCCGCGAGACCCCCAUCCUUGACGACUGCGACUGUGAAGAGGACGAGCAGCCCGGACAUCUGCUAGAUGGGAAAGCACAUCUAGAAGAUGACUUGUGCAGCCAGGGCACCCACAGUGUGGACAGUCUGGGGAAAGGCAUGGGAGAGGCCAACCAUAAACACAGUCUGGAUAACAGAGUGCUGGACCCAGAUCAGGAGAGUGUAGAGGCCCUGAUGCAGAGGUUUAAAGAGAGUUUCCGGACCAACACCACUAUGGAGAUCACACACUUCCAGAACGUUAAGCACACCUCCUCUACUGUGCUGGACCCAGAUCAGGAGAGUGUAGAGGCCCUGAUGCAGAGGUUUAAAGAGAGUUUCCGGACCAACACCACUAUGGAGAUCACACACUUCCAGAACGUUAAGCACAGCUCCUCUACUGGCCGCAGGAGAGGACAAACUCACAACAGAGCUGGAGGCGUGUUGGGCCGUCAGGGAGAUUCUGGAUCUGAAAUGGAUGAUGACACUCAACUCAAGUUCUACACGGAGCACAGGGGCCGGCGCCGCAGCAAAGGCUGCCCUCAGAGUCCCAUGAGCAAAGCCUCGCUAACGCUGAUCACUGUCUGCACGUGUGUGGUGGCGGUCGUGUAUGGCACGCAAACGUCCUGUCCUCUCACCGUCAAGGUCACGCUCCAUGUUCCUGAACACUUCAUCGCUGACGGAAGCAGUUUCGUGGUGAGCAUGGGCAGUUUUCUGGAUGUCUCCAACUGGUUAAAUCCAGCCAAACUGACCCUGUACUACCAGACCAACACCUCCACCCAGUGGGUGAGAGACUACUGCGGCCAGAGAACGACUGAUCCCUGCGAACAGCUCUGUGACCAGGACACUGGGGAAUGCAGCUGUCUGGAAGGUUAUGCCCCUGACCCCGAGCAUAAACAUCUCUGCGUCCGCACAGAUUGGGGCCGCAAUGAAGGACCGUGGCCUUACUCAAACCUGGAAAGAGGCUAUGACCUUGUCACAGGGGAGCAGGCUCCAGAGAAGAUUUUCAGGUCAUCCUACAGUCUGGGUCAAGGCCUUUGGCUGCCAGUCAGCAAGAGCUUUGUGGUUCCUCCGGUGGAGCUGUCAAUCAAUCCUAUAGCCAGCUGAAAACCGGAUGUGCUUCAAACCAAAAAUUAUUCAGACACCAGGGAAGAGGCCAUCAUGUCCACAUAUUUUGAGACGGUGGACGAUCUGCUUGCGUCGUUUGGUCCAGUGAGGGAUUGCUCUAAAGAUAAUGGCGGAUGCCGGAAAAACUUCAAGUGUGUUUCAGACAGAAGGAUGGACUCGACCGGCUGCAUGUGCCCGGAAGGACUGAGGCCCAUGAAGGACGGUUCGGGCUGCUAUGACUACUCUCUGGGAACGGACUGUACGGACGGCUUCAAUGGAGGCUGUGAGCAGCUGUGUCUUCAGCAGCUGGUUCCUCUUCCUGAUGACCCGACGUACAGCAAUGUGCUCAUGUUCUGCGGGUGUGUGCAGGAAUACAAGCUAGCCAAUGACGGCCGCUCCUGUCUUCUCCUGGCUGAUCACUGUGAAGGGCCAAAGUGCCUGAAACAAUACUCGCGCUUCAACAACACACUCUUCAGUGAGAUGCUCCGUGGGUACAAUAACAAAACUCAACAGGUGAUCCUGGGACAAGUUUUUCAGAUGACCUUCAGGGAUAAUAACUUCAUCAAGGAUUUUCCGCAGCUGGCCGAUGGGUUAAUGGUGAUUCCUCUGCCGGUGGAGGAGCAGUGCCGAGGAGUUCUGUCAGAGCCUCUGCCCAACCUGCAGCUGCUCUCAGGAGAUGCUCAGUUCAGUGAAGCCACAGGAUACCCCAUGAUGCAACAGUGGAGAGUGCGGAGUAACCUGUAUAGAGUGAAGCUCAGUGCCAUCACCCUGUCUACAGAUUUCUCAAAGGUGCUGAAAUCCCUGACGGCAGACAGCACGCGGGAUGAGUUGCUUGCGUUUAUUCAGCAGUACGGCAGUCAUUACAUCUCUGAGGCGCUCUAUGGUUCUGAGCUCACCUGCAACAUCUACUUCCCCAGCAAGAAGUCCCAGCAACAGCUCUGGCUCCAGUACCAGAAAGAAGUCACAGACCAGGGUGGCCGGCGGGACUUGAAAGCAGUGCCGUUCAUCAGCUACCUGUCAGGCCUGCUGAAGACGCAGCUGCUGUCUGAUGACCUGGUGGCCGGUGUGGAGAUCCGGUGCCAGGAGAAGGGCACCUGCCCGGCUGCCUGUCACCUGUGCAGACAAGCAGGCCGUGAGACGCCCAGCCCGACGCCAGUCCUCCUGGAAGUCAGCCGUAUCGUGCCCCUGUACAGCCUGGUGCAGGAUAACGUCACUAAAGAGGCCUUCAAAAGUGCCAUGAUGAGCUCAUACUGGUGUGCGGGGAAGGGUGAUGUCAUCGAGAACUGGUGCCGCUGUGACCUGACGGCGCUUGGCAAAGACGGGCUUCCCAACUGUAGCCCCCUGCGGCGGCCCGUAUUGAGACUGGCUCCACACCUGGAACCCUCCAGUACGAUGGUGGCGCUGGAAUGGAUUGAUGUGGAACCCCUGAUUGGCUACAAGGUUUCAGAUUACAUCAUUCAACACAAGCGAGUAGAGGACCUGUCAGAGGCAGAAAUCUACACAGGAGAGGUUCUAAGCCUCAUGGAUGACCUUUUCUCGGGUCUGGGCUCAUCGUGUGUGGUAGCAGGACGCAAAAGUGGAGAACAUCCUCACAGUAUGAUCUACUCUCUCCUUUUCAAGUGCCUGGAGCCCGACAGCCUUUAUAAGUUCACUCUGUAUGCAGUCGACAGCCGUGGUAGUCGGUCGGAUGCAAGUUUUGUGACCGUCCGCACAUCAUGUCCGAUGGUGGAUGAUAGCAAAGCAGAAGAGAUCGCAGACAAAGUGUACAACCUCUAUAAUGGCUACACCAGUGGAAAGGAGCAACAGACGGCCUACAACACCCUGAUGGAGAUCUCCCCCCCACUGCUGUAUCGUGUACAACAUCACUACAAUUCCCACUACGAGAAGUUUGGAGACUUUGUGUGGAGAAGUGAGGAUGAGCUUGGCCCCAGGAAGGCCCAUUUGAUCCUGAGACGAAUGGAUCGGAUCAGUCUGUUCUGCCGCUCACUGCUUCGCAGUGGCUUCAUCCAAAGCCGAACAGAGAGUGUGCCGUACAUGCUGUGUCGCAGUGAUGGCACGAGACCAGGCAGCACUUUAUGGCACAGUUCACUUCAUGAAACCCGGCUAGCCUGCCUGGAGAAAGUCAUAACAGUGCAACGCAACAUAUAUGGAAAGUCCAAAUUACGAUGAGACAGGAAAUGUUUGGACUCGACCUUCUCUCUUUAUGGUCUCCAGCUUGGCCGUUCUUUUUCUAAAUCCAACUGACUUUGAGACUGUGAGAGUAGGUUUUGUUAUUUCUUCUUCUUCUUCUUCUUCUUCUUUCUUUAUUAUUUUCCAAAUGCAGAGAGCCUCGGAUAAGAAAGAUUGAUUUAUUAUUAUUAUUAUUUUGUUUUUAUUUAUUUAUUUAUUACUACUUGUUUCUCUUGUAAGGACAUCAGUUUUGGACUAUUUAUGAAUGUAAGAAUUUAACUGCAUGGUGCUGCAGAACUUCAAACCAGGUUCCCUAAUACUCAUUUUGCAAACAUAUCUCUUGGAAUACCUAGCCAAGCAAGACGAGGACAUGAUCUCUCGGUGGUUUUCCUUAUUUUCUAUUCAGCCCUUUUUGACGUAAAUUUUAUUAAUCUUUUUUUAUAUAUAUAGUUUUGCCACAAUUAAUUGAGAAAACUGUCUGAGAAUAUUGUCAGGGUCACAGUAAAUGCUUUUGAGAUCAAGUAUAGUCCUGUCACGUAUAUACUCUUUAGCCAAAAGAACGUUCCUUUACAGUGUCCAAAGAAAUGGGAGUAUUGCUGGCCAAUGAGACCAAUAGAUUUCAUCAAAGUGAACCAUCUAAUGUAUUUGGCAAAGGGUUGUGGUACAAAAGAAAGCUUUGUGCAGAACUAUUCUGUAAAUGAUUGUCUGGGAACAAGGUGUUGUUGAAAAUGCAGUUGGAAUUGAACAAAUGCUAAGAACUUAGCCUCAACACAUUUUCAGUAAGUAAGUUGCUAUAUUCCAUGCUAUAUUCAUUGUGAUAGUUAAAUAUGCUAUUGUAAAUACAAUUGUAAAUUCAGUAUGUAAUAAGUGAAUAUGAUUGUUUGUUUUUUUUUUUG